CGGCCGAGCCGCGCUGCGGGACGAUGUGGGGCGACGGUCGCCCGGCGGGGUCUGGGGCCGGCGGGGCGGCCGUGACCGUGGUCUUCACCAACGCUCGCGACUGCUUCCUGCACCUGCCGCGGCGCCUCGUGGCCCAGCUGCACCUGCUGCAGAACCAGGCCGUCGAAGUAGCCUGGGGCCGGCAGCCCGUGUUCCUGAGCUGGGUGGAAGGCCGGCGGUUCAGCGACCCAGGCGAGAGUGUGGCUGAGAUCAGCCGGCAAGUGGGGCGGACACUCGGGCUCUCCGACGGCGGACAGUGGUUGGAGUCAGUGAAGCCUAUGAGGGUGCUGCCAAUUGUCUCUGGCUGUUAACCAACUCCAAGCCCUGUGCUAACUGUAAGUCUCCCAUACAGAAGAACGAAGGCUGCAAUCACAUGCAGUGUGCCAAGGAAAAAAGGAGACGCCUCUCCCCCAAGCGUGAGGCAGUACUGGGCGCUGGCGUCUCUCUGCUAACUCAAGGCUUCCCGCUUGUCCAGCUCCAGCAGCACGGGAAGGAGGGCUGAGUGCUGGGAGCUGGGGGGCCUGGGAGGAGAGGAGAAGACGGGCUCUGAGAGGUCAAAGCUGCCGAGGACUUCAAGAGCUUGGAGCGUGGGCUCCAGGCCCCCGGUUCUAGGGCACAAGAGCCUCUCUUCAGAAGGCGAGCCAGUUUCCCACGUUUUCCCUGAAAGGUUUCUCCACAUAUUUCCUGACCCUUGGGCGAGACGAGAGAAGUCUACAAAAUAGAACAGAAUCUUGGCCUUUCUCUGUGCCCCAUGACCUGAGACUGCUCUGAGGUAAACACCCGAGAUGAGAGAUUCCCGAAGAUAACUGUGUGUCCUCUUGAAGUAAACAUCAGAACCACGACUGACUGACAGAGAGGGGAGGUGAGGUGAGGCAGAGAGAGAGAGAGACAGGUCUUCCAUCCAGUGGUUCACUCCCCAGCUGGCCACAGCGCCAGAGCUGGGCCUAUCAGAAGCCAGGAGCCAAGAGUUUCUUCUGGGUC